AUGUAUGACAAGAAGUUGAAAUAUUUCUUCAUUAUAUUGUUCGCACAAGAGCUCUAUAGUGGACAAUUUUCUAUUAAGAAAAUUGAAUGCCUAACAUUUGAUCCAGAGUUUCUGAAAAUCGAUUUGUGCCAACUGGUUCCAUAUGCCAAAGAUAUUAAGGCGGCAUCCAUAAUAAUACGAUUGCUUAAGUUGCCUGUGACUAAUGCUGAUGUCAGAGUUAUGGUAGAACGUGUUAGUUCGCCACCUUUUAUAGUCCUCAACCACAGCUGGGAUGCCUGCGCUUUUAUGAGAAAUCAAAAAACAUUUCGGGCACUUGGGCGCUUGUUUCGAAAUAUUUUGCCGUUUACCAAUAUAAAUCAUACGUGCCCCUAUAAUAAUUUAUCAUUCAAUGAAAGCAAAACACUGUUGGCCCACCCUUUGCAAGUUCCCUUUCAAGGCUAA